UGCUUUCUUGCUUGCAGCCAAAGUUGAAGAUGUUGCGCAACCUUUUGCCAAAGUUGAAGAUGUUGCGGGACCUAUCCUCUUUGCAACAAAUGAAGAUUUCGCGCAACCUAUCCACACUAGGGAAACUUGCUGAUAAACCUCUAUUUCUCUAUGGAGUAUACACAUGCAUUUUUGCCCCUGCUUUGUAUGAGCUUGGCGGAGGCAUCAUGGGGCAAUAUUAUGUUUGGAAGGCCUCGACUCUGAGGAAAUGGUUGAAAGAUGCUGAAGCAAAGCUGGAGCAGCUCAGAAAAGGAAAGGAAAAAGGUCUGAGGGAAGGGGAAGAACAGGCUUCCUGAGCAACACUUCUGGUUCUACAAAUGGAUUCUAGGGCAGUAUUUUAAUUCCUUGUAAGUACUUGUAGCUGAUGACUUGGUGUAUCUAGCUAGUGUUUCUUUUUGUAAGGGUAAUAUUUACUGUUUGGUAACGCUGUAAAAGAUCUUUGUGGUUUUAUAUAUAUCUACCAGAGUGCUGGUGAGAUAAAUCUAGCAGGCUGUUUAUGUUGUCGGAUGUGUUACUUAGAAAAAGUUUAAUUAGUCCUU